AUGGCGAAACAAAGGUUGACAGCUUUGGAUAUACGCGCAAUAAUCACCCUGUGCAGGAAUAUCAUCGUCGGGUGUGUAGUAACGAACAUUUAUAACAUCUCCAACAAAAUUUACGUUUUAAAAUGCUCGAAAAAGGAGCAGAAGUAUUUUUUCCUUGUCGAAGCUGAAAAGAGAAUCCAUAUAACAGAAUGGAAAAGGGAAAAAGAUGUGAUGCCAUCGGCAUUUACCAUGAAGUUAAGGAAACAUUUGAGGUCUCGAAAAAUCACCAACAUAAGUCAACUGGGAGGAGACAGAGUGGUUGACAUCCAAUUUGGCUUCGACGAUAAAGCAUGCCAUCUGAUUGUGGAGUUAUACAUUGCUGGGAAUAUUAUCCUCACAGACAAUAACCACAAAAUAUUGUCCAUUUUGAAGACCAAUGAUGCUAUUGGGAAGAAGUAUAACAUCAAUGAUGUGUACAAUGUGGAGGAGCACACGUCCAUCAUGCUGCAUAGAAGUUUGGAUGUAGUCGACUUGGAAAAUGUAAAGAAGAGCAUCAGCGAAAUGAUGCUCCUUUAUAAUGGUGUCACACUUGAGGAUGCUUCUUCCAUAUCAAAGGGUGUAGUAGUAGAGGGGCGUAAUGGCGUCAUAGCGCAUGAUUUGCAAAAUAACCGGGUGGAAAACACAAAUUUAGGGUUGGCACAAAUUAAGGCGAUUUUUGGUGAACGUACCAAUGGUGUAGACGAAAAAGCCACAGUCAGCAAAAAGGGGAGUGACAAUAAUGGUGGUGGUAGGAUACAAAAGGGAGCUGCGAAGAAUGGCAUUGUGGAAGAAGCACACCGAGGAGGUAAGGAUAAAGCAAAAAAUAAGGGGAGCAGCAACGCCAAAUUGAAGAGCGCCAAACAUGUGGAGGACAAAACGUCGGCAAAUUUGAACAACAGCUCGAAUAAAAAAAUGGGCACCCCCAUUUGCAGCGAUAAUGAGAAAGGGAAAAAGAUGAAGAAGCUUAAAACGUUGACUGAUUUAGCCAGCAAGCUUAUUGUGUUUGCCCAUAGCGAUUUAAUUGUCCAUUCGUUAAUCGCAUCUGAUGUGAACCCCUCCGAUUUGUUGGAGAAAUACAGCUUGAGUGACUUGGGCCAAAUUUUGCUCAAAGCGAUAAAUGAGGCGCUAUGCGUGCUGAACAGUUUUAGCAGUGAAGGGGGGUGUGUGAAGGGUUACGGCUUUGCCCCGAAGGGCGGUGCAAAAUGCGAAAAGGGAACAAAAGCGGAAAAGAAUAAAACGGACGGUGUGGGAGGCGAAGGGGAAAUGGAAGCCAAGGAGGAGAGAAGUGGUGAAGAGAUCGCUUUUACCGAGUUUUCCCCAAUCAUUCUGAACAAUCAUAAAAAUAAAGUGGAGGAAAACAAACUAGAAGUCGUCCAUUUUGACGACUUUAACAAAUGCGUAGACACCUAUUUCAGUAGAAUGGAAUUGUCCAAAUACGACAAGCAGCAGGAGGUGAUUAAGAUUAAAAAGUCUCUCACCAAAAUGGACAAAAUUAAGCUGGACCAUGAGAGGAGAAUCGAUCAGUUGGAGAAGGAGGUGAGUACUUUGAGGAAAAAAAUUUCGCUAAUUCAAAUGAACGACGAAUUGGUUGAGCAAGCCAUACAGUUGAUGCGUGCCGCAGUCGCGACGAAUGCCAACUGGGAAAAAAUCUGGGAGCAUAUUAAACUUUUUAAGAAGCAGAAUCAUCCCAUAGCGCUGCGGAUUAGCUCCGUGAAUUUUAACAACUGCGAAAUGGAGUUGCUCUUAGAUGACGGGGAGGAAAACGGGCUGGGAAGCGACGACUCCAGUGAGGCAAACGGGAGAAGCGAUGACCCCUCUAGUGAGGCAAACGAACAACCAUCAAAGGGGAAAAAAUCGUCCAACAAGAAAGCUGCAACAAACAACCGGUUCGCAGUCACCAUAAAUCUGAACAACUCUGUAUACGGAAAUGUAGAAGAUUAUCAGAAGCUGCGAAAGAAGGCAGAAGAAAAAAUCAGGAAAACAAAAAUAUCCACCAACUUUGCUGUAAAAAAAGUGGAGAAAAAAAAAAAAGAAAAAGAAAAUAAACAAAAGGGAAAGCAUAACAAGACAGUUGGUCAAAUUCAAAAGAUAAGAAAAGUCUACUGGUUUGAGAAGUUCCACUGGUUUAUCUCGUCAGAAAAUUAUUUAGUCAUUGCUGGGAGGGACGCUCUACAAAAUGAAAUUUUGUUUAGGAGGUAUUUCCAAAAGAAUGAUGUUUAUGUGCAUGCAGAUAUUCAUGGUGCUUCCACAUGUAUUAUCAAAAAUCCGCAUAAGGACAUCCCCAUUCCGGAGAAAACUCUGUCCGAGGCGGGUCAGCUAGCCAUUUGUAGAAGUUCUGCUUGGAAUAAUAAGAUUAUUACUUCGGCUUGGUGGGUGCACUAUCACCAAGUUAGUAAAUCGGCUCCGACGGGGGAAUACCUAAAAACGGGGUCCUUUGUAAUCAGGGGGAAGAAGAAUUACUUGCCGCACGUCAAGCUGGAAAUGGGGCUGUGUAUAAUUUUUCAGGUGGACAAUGCGGCGCUGGACAAUAACGAGGAAAACAAUUUGGACGACACGCAGAAGAGCUUCGAAAAUGAUGGGGAGAGGAGGAGCAGCGACGGUGAUCAGGCAGUUGUGGGGGGGGUCACUAUUGAUGCCUGCACCGCAGAGGGUCACAUCCAAGCUGGCAAUCCCUACACAGGCCCAAUGGAAGGAACUUCCUUCCCUGCGACUGUUCUAACGAGGGGAAGACACCAGCAGAACGGUGGUAGUACGUCCGCUAAAUGUACCUACCCCUCCGCAUCGAACGAGUGCUUCGAAUUGCAGGAUGCCCCAGAAGGUAUAAAAAAUGCGAAGGGUGUAAACAGCUGCGUUGCGCCAAAUGUGCCAUGUAGGGGACAUUUAAAGAGGUGUGAAAGGAAGAAGAGGCAUAUGUACAACCGUUUUGUUGGCUUCUUCCUUCCGGACAGAAAUAGAACAAAUCUGUUGAAUAAAAAUUUUGAGAAAAAGUUCGACCGGGUCUUUCCCCUUUUGGAAAAAUUAGGAAUCGCGUACAAUCACGAUUGUGCAAUUGUGAGAGGGUUGUUAAGCUGGGUAGCUUCCAAUUUGUGGUCGGAUGAACGCAAUUACGGAGCAGUCCUUAAACCCCUCAUGCGUGGCAGAAAUGGGCAUCUCUCAAAAUGUGGCAUGUGCGCCGCUUUGAAGAGGACUCACAAAAGGUUGCUACUCAGAAUUUGCAACGUCUUCGUGUAUUUCUUUCUGGAAAGGUAUUACCCCGUUUUGAAGGAGCACAUACCGUUGGGGGAUCCCACUUUGCGCCCAUUUUUGAGAAGGUUAAAAGAGGCUAUCACUUUUUUUGUUUCGCAUAGGGGGUUUGCACAGAAGGGCAGUUACACAUGUCUCAGUUUAUAUUUAGAAGGCAUCCCAGAUAUGACGUGCACUGGUAGGCAUGAUGGCCCGUUUGAGGGAUUGGAAGAUACGAGGAUGGUCAGUAAUGCAGUAGAAUUGAAGAAGUUCUUUCCCUCUAGCUUUACGAAUGGAGGGUCGGUCGAACAGCUUGGGAGUAACUGUGUAAAGGAUUAUCUGUGUGAGGGGGAAAAGAGGAGCCCAUUUAUUUUUGUCGAGUGCGCGGUGUAUGGGGCACCCCCAGUGACCUUCAAAGAUGAGGACUCAAAUGAUUCCGAGGCGGAUAAGAAGGUAAAGGCGGAACUGGGUGACCACCCGUCGGUAAGUAGCCAUGAUGAGAAGAGAGAGUGUGGGGAAGAGGAGGAGAAGGCAAAAAGAGUUUCCUUUGUAAGUGAUCAUGGUGAAGAAGGUCCCAAAUUGGUAAGGCCCGCGAGAUCUCGCAAGUGUACUGGGUUUGUAAAGAUGGACGUGAGUAAGCUGCUCCAGGAGAUAGAGGAGGAAGAGGAAGAAGAGCAUCAUGAUGAAGAAGAAGGGGUGGCAGACGCAACCGAGGAGACAGGCACCUCCACCAAAGUUACCCUUUGCGAAGCGGGGGAGGGAAGGGGUGAGAAAAAAAGCGUCACCUUUACGUCAGAGGAUGAGUCCGUUGGUGAUGCAAAGCAACCCUCGUUGAAUGUGCCCAGGCCAGUGAGGACGCGCAAACCCACGGGCUUCGUCAAAAUGGACGUCAGCAAGUUGUUGCAGCAGAUAGGGGAUGAGCAAAGUUUGGAGGAUGUGGGAGAGGAUAAUGCGGUGAGGCAGGUGGGUCAGGUGAGUAAUUCAAAUAGUGAGCUUAACGAGGAGGGAGCCAAGGGAGACACGCAGGAAGAGGUAAGUGCGACGUUCGGCGAGGGCCCUCGUAGACCCAGCAUAAGGAAAAAAAGCGUGUCUUUCAGCUCAGAGGAUGAGCAUAUCUACGUCGAAAGGCAGGAGUCGCUCAACGUGCCGAGGCCGGUUAGGUCGCGAAAGCCCACAGGGUAUGUCAAGAUGGAUGUGCGCAAGUUGCUGGAGGAGAUAGAGAAUGAGGAGAAGUCCGACGAGGGGGGUGUAGCGGCUGCUCCAGACAAUGCGGACGAAACGAGCAGCGCGAACCAUCUGAAUGGCUCCAACGCAGAGGAUGAACAUAAGGAGGAGACACCAAAAGUGACCUUCGCCGAGGGUGCACUUAGCCCUGAUUUGAAGAAAAAAAGCGUCUCCUUCAGUUACGAGGAUGUGUAUAUGCAAGGAGAGAAAAAUGAAUCUCUGAAUGCGCCCAGGCCGGUUAGGUCGCGCAAGCCCACGGGCUUCGUCAAAAUGGAUGUUAGCAAGUUGCUUGAGGAGAUAGAUCUUGAAGAAAAUUCUGACGAAGGGGAGGAAGGCACAGAAAAAGUGGAGCCACAAGUGCAACCACAAAUGGUGACGGGCACUGACAUGACCCCAAGUGAUAAUCAAAAGGAAAAAAAAGUUACCUUUACUGGGCAGACUGGAAAAUCUGUUUCUGUGAAGGAACCGGAGUCGCCGGGCUUUUCCAGACCGGCCAGACCUCGCAAAGCAACUGGUUUUGUCAAAAUGGAUUUGAGCAAGUUGCUGGAGGAUGUGGAGGGGGGAGACGGAAGUAGCGACGGGGGGGGGGCACCAGAAGGGAAGAAAAACUUCGACGGUGAUGGUAACGACGAUGAUGAGGAGGAUGAGGAUGACGAUGACGACGACGACGGUGAUGGAGGAAGUUAUCAGGAAAGCGAGGAAUCGGACGAAUCAGACGAAUCGGACGAGAGCAACCAAUCGGCCAGCGACGACCAAACGGAUGGGGAUGGAGAGGACAGCGACAGUGAUGAUAGCCAUGGUGGAAACGCACAACCCAGUGGAAAUAAACGUGGGGGAAAAGGAAACAAUGAAAAGGGGAGUCAUGAGGAUGACCAAAAUGGGGAGAAAAAAUACAGAAAUAAUUCAAAUAAGCAGAGCGAAAAUGAGGUCAAAAAGAAUGCCGCAAAGGAACAAAAUGGUUCUGUUAACCAGGGAACUGUGAAGGACCAAAAAAAGGAUAAGAGUUGCGUGCACCUGUUGAGAGGGGCGAGAACGAAAAAGAAGCGAAUGAAGAAAAAGUACCGGGAACAGAAUGACGACGAGGAGGAAAGGCAGCUGCACAUGAAGAUAAUUGGGGCAAGAAAGAUGAAGCACGAGACGGAGAAGGCAAAAGUGGAGAAGCUGGAGAGCAAGGCGGCGGAGCAGGAAAACAAAUAUAAGAGCCCCAAAGAAGUCACAAUCAAUUUUGAGGAAAUAAACGAGGAAGAAAUGAAGCACACGUCAGGCGAACACCCACGUUUCCCCUCCUUCGUAGGACAAAAUGAGCGAAUUAAAGAAGUUGGUGUGCACCCCCAAGGAAGGAGACAACUUGGUGUUUGCAAUUCCGAUGUGUGCGCCUUACUCAGCCAUUCAGAAUCAAAAGUACAAGGUGAAGCUGGUGCCCGGAAAUGCCAAAAAGGGGAAGGUUGCCGAAUCGUGCAUUUCGUACUUCCUGAAAAUGUCAACCGAAGAAAAGGAAAAGGAGCUCAUCAAAAAUAUAUCGGUGGACGAACUGGGAAACUGCAUUAUAACAAAUUCGACCCCAGAUCUGAAGGAGUUAAAGCCGGCUACGAAGCACAAUUUUGUGCAAAAGGGGAAGGGCAAAAAGGCGAAAUGAGGAGCUCUGGGCUGUGCCUGGGGUGUUGCGUGCCCGGCUGGCGGCAUGUUCGACCCACCGGAAUUGCACUAGUCGUUCGUGUAACUACCCAUCUGUUUAGUUAAUAAUACGGUAAACUAUACGUCCAAUUAUCCGCCCAAUUAUAUAUCGAAUUA